GAGAGAGGGCAGUUCGUUUGGGCCAUUUCCGGUGCGUCAUCCGAUACUCAUCAUCCCGAAACAACUUACUCAGUACUUCAUCAGGAUCUCAUUGAGGCUCGUAUCUUACCGGCGAUAUCCUAUUGUAGCUCUAUUCUGCUCACCAUCAAAUGCUCCGGGAUGCGAUGGAGGCAGAGGCUGCAACGAGACAGAAAUGUUGAGCCUGCCAAGGAGAUCCUGAACCCCAAACACCCUCACAAUCCCAAAAUCGUCGCCAUUCCUAUACGUAUCUUCAUCCACAUAGAUUUCAUUGAGCCAGCAUGCCCCAUGAUUGCGGUCAAUCCAUUGGUUGGCCCAGUUCAAGGCGUGGGGCUUGUUACCAAACGUGGAGAUGAAGGGGCUCUUGUAUUGUCGAUGAGACCAGUCGAGAUGAUUCUCAACUGCAUUGCAGAGACCUCCAAGGCGAAGAGGCGUGAAUCCACUGGCCGCUUGGAACCCAUACUCCCGGCUCCAGGUCGUUUGCGAACCCGCGUAAUGAAUGCGUGCGCUUUCGGACAAAGCAGUAGACAAAGCAAGCCAAAUGGGCGCCCUCAGGAUAGUCCAAACGGCCUAUUAAAUGGAAGUGGAAAUUAUAACGUGGCUAGAAGAGUUUUGGAGGCAAAGAACAUGGUCCAGAAGAUUUCAUCUUUGAAACGAUUAUUAUGCUCCGCGGAGUUGACAGCUAACGUGGCUAUUUCCGGUGCGUCUUCCGACACUCACCGUCCUGAAACAUCUGGCUCAGUAACUAGUUAG